GCCACCUCUGGCGCUCAGGCGCGAGCCGCCCCUCCCGCUCGGCGAGUCUUCCCUCUCCACUCGGCCCUCCCUCCACACCUCUACAGCCACCCCUCGCCUCCAACCCGGCCACGCGCCUUCCCCUGGCGCCAGGCGGAGCGCUGAGUUUGGGUCGCCAACCCAGCCCCUGUCGCCGCCUCCGAAUAACCGGCACCUGGCUCCUGGGCCGAAGCGGCAGGGGAGGCAGGAUGCAGUCGUGCGGGAGCGCCGCGGCGGGACGCCGAGCCUUCGACAGCAUCUGCCCCAACAGGAUGUUGGAGCUGCGGGGCCGGCCUUUCAGCAAGCCUGGGAAGCUGGAGAAGAAGUUCGCCCCUCCGCGGAAGUUCUUGCCUGGUUGCAGCGGCGGCAGCCCAGUGUCGGUCUACGAAGAUCGGCGGGACGCGGAGCUCUCUGCGCUGCCAGCGCUCACCACCAUAGACCUGCAGGACCUCGCCGACUGCUCCUCGCUACUCGGGUCCGACGCGCCGCCUAGUGGUGACUUGGCUGCAUUGCAGAACCAGUCCCUGCAAACUGCUGCGGACUUUGAUCUGCAGGAUUUCAGAGACACAGUGGAUGAUCUCAUUGCAGACUCAUCCUCUUUGAUGUCGCCUCCUCUGACCGGCGGAGACUUUCCCUUCUCUCCUGGCAACGUAUUGCCAUUUGGGCCCUGUCUCUCUCCGCCGCUGGACCCAAGGGCACUGCAGUCACCGCCGCUGCCCCCUCCAGACGUGCCCCGGCCGGAGCAGUACUGGAAGGAAGUGGCCGACCAGAACCAGAGGGCACUGGGGGACGCGCUCGUUGAAAAUAACCAACUGCACGUGACGCUGACCCAGAAGCAGGAGGAGAUCGCCUCGCUCAAAGAGAGGAACGUGCAACUGAAGGAACUUGCCAGCCGGACCCGGCACCUGGCCUCUGUGCUGGAUAAGCUGAUGAUCACGCAGUCCCGGGAUUGCGGGUCGACAGCCGAACCCUUCCUGCUCAAGGCGACAGCCAAAAGGAGCCUGGAGGAGUUGUUCAGUGCUGCGGGACAGGAUUGCGCGGAAGUGGACGCCAUCCUGAGGGAGAUUUCCGAACGCUGCGAUGAAGCGCUGCAGAGCCGCGACCCCAAGCGGCUCCGGCUACAGCCGGAGCCCGGGAGUAGGGAUGACAUGCCAGGGAACCUCCACGGCACCUUCCGGGGGCUGCGCACAGAGUGCAGCCGGAGCGCUCUAAACCUGAGCCGCAGUGAGCUAGAAGAGGGUGGCUCCUUCAGCACCCCCAUCCGCAGCCAUAGCACCAUCCGCACCCUCGCUUUCCCCCAGGGCAAUGCCUUCACCAUUCGGACCGCCAACGGGGGAUACAAAUUCCGCUGGGUCCCCAGUUGAGCUGGGAUGAUGUUCCCCCAAACACUGCCCUGUAUCUGGACUGAAGAGCCUGGAGGCUAAUUGGGAGGCUAAUUGGGAACUGUUUCCCGAACCUGGCUUCAGAAGAACUCCCUCUGCUGGGCGAAUGCCACCCUGAAACUUUUUUUUCAGACACCAAAACGUCUCGAUAAUGAUGUCCUGAACAGUCCUGGUAUAAAACACUGUAUAUUCCCUUACCUUCCACAGUAUGUGCUGUAUGUGUGCGUGUAAACACAUAUAAAUCUCAAUUUUAAAAGUAUUUAUUUUAGUAGCUUUGAAUUAUGUACUUCUAGAGCUGGAAAGGACUUAGAAAUCACUUAGCUAUUUUAUAUUUGUAUAAUGCCCUAGUUUUAUAAGAAGGGAAAGGAGCCUGUAAGAGAUUAAGUAAUUUUCUAUAAUAAGAAGCAUUAUUGGGAACUUCCAGGUUUUCUCACUAGUCGUUGAAAGAUUGUAGGUCCAAUGCACAGGGGCACUUGUACCCCAAUGUUUACAGUAGCACUUUCAACAAUAGCCAAAUUAUGGAAAGAGCUUAAAUAUUCAUCAACUGAGGAAUGGAUAAAGAUGUGGUUUAUAUAUACAACGGAAUUCUACUUGGCAAUGAGAAAGAAUGAAAUCUGGCCAUUUGUAGCAAUGUGGAUGGAACUGGAGAGUUUUAUGCUAAGUGAAAUAAGUCAGGCAGAGAAAGAUACCAUAUGUUUUCACUCAUAUGUGGAUCCUGAGAAACUUAACAGAAGACCAUGGGGGAGGGGAAGAGGAAAAAAAAGUUACAGAGAGGGAAGGAGGCAAACCGUAAGAGUCUCUUAAAUACUGAGAACAAACUGAAGGUUGAUGGGGGGGUGGGAGAGAGGGGAAAGUGGGUGAUGGGCAUUGAGGAGGGCACCUGUUGGGAUAAGCACAGGGUGUUGUAUGGAAACCAAUUUGACAAUAAAUUAUAUAUUAAAAAAUUAAUAAAGAUUGUAGGUCCAGAAGCCAGGCUUCUGGGUGAUUGUUUAAUUACAUCACUCAACUUCCCCUGGUCCUAGAAGGACCCUUAAUUUUCUUACUGUUGAAAACUUUUAUCCUGGCUGGAAGAAUAAAAAAUUAGGAGAGAUAGCUAAAACACUUGCCUUAGGGCAAUAAAGUAGAGGCAAUGAGCUACCUACAAAAUAGGUGCUAAACACAUUUGUUUGUAAUGAUCAUUCAUAUAAUUUUGUAAGAUUUAUGGUUUAUUUUAUAUAUUAAUUAUAGUUUUAUAUGUCUGAACAGAAUAAUCACACAAAAAGCAAACCUUGUUGAUAAAAACAUAAGUGAUUUUAAGAAAACGGCAUAUUUCAUGUGAAAAAGUAUAUAUAUUUGUGUGUGUAUGUAUAUAUAUAAUAUGUAUAUAUAUAUGUAUGUAUAUAUAUAAUAUGUAUAUUUGUGUGUGUGCGCACAUGCACACACAUGCACCAGAAACCAGUUGGGAAAUCUUGGUAAAAACAAAACUAUCUAUUUGAAUUCCAUAGAUAAAACUGAGAUGUACAUUCAUGUCUUAUAUUUCUAAGGUUGAUCUUCUAAGAAAAACUUACAUGUUACACAGUGCCUUCACUUUGACUUUUUUUCUAUUUCCUUUUGUGUGGGGUUCCUUUUUCCAUUGGGUUGUGAAAUUAUGUGAGUAGCGUAUGUCAAGUAGUGAUUUGUCCCAACCUUUGCCAUUCUCAACCUGAGAGCUACUCCUUGCAUUUAUGGGUUCAGCUUGGGGGAGUUUCCAGCCGUAUUCCACCACAUCGCCCAUUCUGUCAUCUAAGUGGUGAUAUCAGGUAGCAGGGGAGCUGGGCAGGGCGGCAGGACCUGCUCCUCCAGUUUGUCCUAGGCACUGUUAUCUGUAUUUAAAUAGCCAUUUAGAAACAAAGCAAAAAAAAAAAAAAAGUGAUAGAAUAUACCACAUUUCCUCAUAUUUUGUCUAACAAAUGGACUCUUAAAAAGUACACUGGACAGUUCAGAAUUCCUUUCAUCAGCUUCUAUAUAAAGUUACUGCAGUUAAGCUUCAGAAAAAACAAAAACAACGAAAACUUUAGCUUGCCCUGAGGAGCGAUCAGCAGAAAGUCACUGACAUAUAAAGAGCACACAACCCCUCUCCUGUUUUCCCAGUACACAGAGGAGGGAGAGCCUUGGGUUAGUGCUGGGUGUCAAGGGGUUGGUGCCCGCGUCAAACAACUCUUCUUCAGUAAUUUCAAACCUGUAGGAGUAACCAACAGUUUCUUACACUGAAGUCAGUAUCCUGUACUCCUGCAGAAUAAACUCCCCUAAGAACACAUUUACAAGAGUCAGAGACCUUAUGGUACCACUGAUUUUACUAUUCUAUAGUUUUAAAGUUUUCCUUUUUGCUUUUUUCUUCUUCUUCUUCUUCUUCUUCUUCUUCUUCUUCUUCUUCUUCUUCGGAGUUGUUUUUUGAGAAAAUGAUAAACUUUAAAAACUGCCAUAGCUUUAAUGUUUGUUACUACUUGUCUGCAACCAAAUCUCAGCUGCCUAUUGUAAGUUUUCAAUUUCACUUAAUUCCAAGGGAAAUAAUGUGUCCCUCAACUUUUAAAAUAUGACACAGACAAUGUGGCUUCUGUUGACAAAUGAAUGUGCUACUUGGUUUGACAAAGUAUGGACGUCAAACAUGUGCUCUUCAUCAUGGGGGGGCCAUGCAUACGUGCUGCAAAAUCAAAGCCAGUCCAUUACAAACUUGGAUGCCUCCUGCUCGUGAUUUGGUGUGAAUAGAAGGACAUUUAUAAAGCUGUGACGCAAAUUAAGGCAACUUGUCCUUGUGAAUAUUAGUAACACUUGAAGAAAUAUAAUAAUACAAAAAACUUACUGUUGACUGGCUUUCAUCAUUCACUAUAUUUGGGGUCAGCAGACAGAAGGGAGGGAGAUGUUUUCCAAAGGUCACUAGGUUGAAAUAGGUGUCAUCCUCCCCUUGAACCUCUGUCAAUUUAGUGUCACUGGAAAUUAGAGUACAUAGCAUACAACAAAGAAUAAGUGAGAAAUUUUUUUUUGAACAAACCAAAAAUUAAUCUUUCCCGAAACAUAGAAAAUUAGCAAA